AUGUCGCAAGCGGGCAAGCCGAGGCAGAUCCAGAUCGCCUUUCCCGAGGCCGAUCUGGAUCGACUCCAGGCCAAGCUCGACGAUGCAAGGCUGCCCGCCAAGCCCAUCGUCGAGGGCAUCAAGGACCCCAAGGAGUAUGGCACCGAUCUCACCGACCUCGAAAGGUUUCUGUCCCACUGGAGGUCGGGCAAUCCCGAAGACAGCCAGCAGCGACCCUUGGGCGAAAAGGGUCGCGGCGUCAAGGCCUGGUGGCGCUCGGUCGAGGCACAGCUCAACAAAUAUCCCCACUACCAGGUCGAGAUCGAGGGCGUCACGGUCCACUACCAGCACUUCAAGCCAAAGGAGGCGCCGCCGAUGCCUCCAAUCCCUCUGAUCUUCUCGCACGGCUGGCCUGGCGCGUUCACAGAGGCUUCCCACUUCGCCGCGAGGCUGGUCGAGAACCGCUCCCCCGCCUUUGAGGUCGUCGUCCCCUCGCUGCCCGGCUACGGCCUCUCGUCGCAGCCGCCUCGCGAAGGGUGGCAGCUCACUGACACGGCGCGCGUCUUCAAUACGCUCAUGACCUCGGUGCUCGGGUACUCUGCCUACAUGGCCCAGGGCGGUGACUGGGGCACCGUCGUGUCGCGCUGCCUCUCCGUCUACCCGGCGUGCAAGAUCUACCACACUAACUUUGCGCCACCCACCAGCAUGCCCACCUGGGUGUACCCGCUCAUGGCGGUGGAGAGGCUGAGCGGCUUCCAGCUCACCCGCCAUCUCGGCCUGCUCGGCUACACGGACGCAGAAUGCUCGGCGCUGCUGAGGUCGCAGGACUACAUCACCAAAGGCAACGCUUAUUUGAUCAUCCAGAACUCGCGGCCUGCCACGCUGGGGUAUGCGCUCUACGACGAGCCAGUCGGCAUCCUCGCGUGGUUCCUGGAAAAGUUCAAGGACUGGUCCGACCCGCGCUGCCCUGCGUUCGCCGAGCGUGGCAAGGGCAACAGGGAGUCCGAGAUGACAGAAGAGAGCGUCCUGAUCGACGUGAUGAUCUACUACCUCACCGGCAGCAUCCACACAUCAUUCCUGCCUUACAAGGAGUCGGCCAAGCUGUGGUACAAGGAAGGCCUCAAACUCCUCGGCCCCGUCAAGGACAAGCCGAGCGGCCACUCGGCCUUCCCCCACGAGAUCCUGGGCGGACCGCGCAGCUGGUUCCCUCGCUCGUCAUUUAACCUGGUGCACUUCAGGCAGCACGAGUACGGCGGCCACUUUGCCGCACUCGACCAUCCGCAGGCGCUGGUGGAGGACGUGGUGGACUUCGCCAACGAGCACUGGCCGAGGCCGCAGCACUGA